CGACACCUCGACACAAGUGGGCGGAACUUCCGGUGACAUACCCGGAAGUUUCAGAUGCAAGUUUCACCGCUCCUCGGUGUGGCAUAUGCUCCCUACGUUAAGCUUUUUGAUGUAAAUUUGACGGUUAUUUUCUCAGUUUCUUUGCAGCAAUGUUAUCUUUAGACUUUCUUGACGAUGUCCGUCGCAUGAAUAAGCGGCAGCUGUACUACCAGGUGCUGAACUUUGGUAUGAUAGUUUCCUCUGCGCUGAUGAUCUGGAAGGGGCUGAUGGUCGUCACUGGGAGUGAGAGUCCUAUUGUUGUUGUUCUCAGUGGGAGUAUGGAGCCAGCUUUCCACAGAGGUGACCUUUUGUUUUUGACCAACCGGGUAGAAGAUCCCAUCAGAGUUGGAGAGAUUGUUGUCUUCAGGAUAGAAGGCAGAGAGAUCCCAAUAGUACACAGAGUACUAAAGAUCCAUGAAAAGGAAAAUGGAGACAUUAAAUUCUUGACUAAAGGAGACAACAAUGCUGUGGACGACAGAGGACUCUACAAGCAGGGCCAACACUGGCUGGAGAAAAAAGAUGUGGUGGGACGAGCAAGAGGGUUUGUGCCGUAUAUUGGAAUCAUCACCAUUCUCAUGAAUGAUUACCCCAAGUUCAAAUAUGCCGUGCUCUUCAUGCUGGGUCUCUUCGUGUUGGUCCAUCGAGAGUGAGGAACGUCCUCAACAACCCAGACCUACAUCCAGAAAACCUCUGCCUCUGCUUUCAAAUCAGAAUAAUUUCACAUCUAGUCAUUUGGCUUUUUUUUUAUAUUAUUGGUUCCAACAUUGUUUAGAAGUCUGGAUUGUGUUUACAUUCUAAAAUCCAAGCUUUAAAACUAUUUUUGUGAGAAAAGUUGGUCAGAAUAAAGAAAUUGGUCUUUAUUAGUAGCGAAACCACAUUAUUUUAUUGUUAUUUUAACUAAAUAAAUCAGUGUUUACUGACAUCUGAUUAUGAAAAUGAAAUAUAAAAAAUGGUUGCAGCUCAUUUUUUUGAAUUUUUGCCUCAUUCAGUGAACAACGGGAUCCCAGUAGAAAAGUAAAUCUUCUGUUUAUCAUUGGUUUGUUGCGUGAUUAGCAUAUUAUCUUUGUAUUUGUUGUCACUGUUGAGGGGAAACUUGCAUAAAAAUAAACAUUUAAAGUUUUUUCUAA